AUGGAAGUUGAAGCGCAGCGAGGUCGCCAGGAACAGAUUCGCUCGGCCAAACGCGCCUUGCGGCAGUUCCAGCGUCGCCGUGCCCAGGAGCAAAGCAAACGUGCCUCUCGUACAUUACGGGCGUCAUUGCUGGUCAAAGGCGCCGACACGCCAACUCUACUGACACAAUGUUUUACUGCAUCAAAUGCACCUGAAUCGAUAGCGCGAGAGUCUGCUGCGCGGGCUACGGACAAGUCCAGGCGUCGUCGCUCUCGCCCUAGUGUCAUAUACUUCGAUAACAACUCCGCCCCAGGAAGUCGUCAGUCAUCGCAGACUUGCUUCCCGAAUAUGGGGGGUGCAAAUGGGCCAUGUCACAGUCGGAAGCAGUCAUCUAUUUCGUCUUCUAGGCUUCCUACUAUGACAGCUGGCCACCGCUUGAGCUUGGCGCGGCAGUCGCUCAUUGAUCAACAGCGGAAUUCAUUGGUUUCCUCACCAUCGCUAAAUCAUUGCAGUCCUUCGCGAAGGAGGAGCCGACACUCGCGACAGUUCAGCAUCGGAACCCGCGGUGAGGGGUUUGAAGUCAUGAGCGGUCAGCCAGUAAAAUCAGUUGAGCCCGACCAGCCGGUACGGCGUGCAUCUAUUCACCGCCGGGCUUCUAGAGUAUCUGUGCGCUUUUCUUCACUUGAGCCGGCGAGUAUUCUGUUUGGAAAUCCUUCAGUACAGAAGCCUCUUCCACCGAUUCCCUCUGAUUGGAAAGCAGGCUUGCGAGAUACUGACUCCCCAGUGGAAGAGGAGGACCGGACCACGGCGCUGGAGAAACUUGAGGGUCGACACCGUCCAAGCAUGUUAAUCACGCCGAAUGAGUCGCCGACGUCAACCACUGCAUCUCCAUCUUUGAGUCGACCCAUCAUCCCGUCAUGGCUCAGUCUUGGUGAUUCGUCGUCUCCUUCGAAAAAUUUGUCCAAAAUGAGUACAGCUUCCAAGCGAGAGACUUUUAUCGAGCCACUCGUGGAAGAGGUCAAUGUUGGGUCGUCCUCGUUAGAGCCUGUCGUGAGGGACGAGUCCACUCCGCGGCCCUCAGACCCGGACGUAUUUGGUAUAUCUCCAGAAUCGAGAAAAAGUCCUUUGCGUCCACUGAAGUUAGGAACUCUUUCACCAGUGCGAAGGCCAACGAUGCGGGCGUCACCGGCCUCUAAGUCGCCUAAGAGAGUAUCCAGCAUCACAUACAAAGCAUCGCAUGAUCCUGACUCUAGCUUGGAGAAGGUCACUACACCUACACGCUCAUGGAGCGAAUCAUUGCGAAAACACAUGCCAAAUAGCUCGCGGGAUGCUUACUCGACUGUCACCUCAUGGACGGCAUCUGAUCAGACUCAAAGCUUGUUCAGUCCUGACUCGAAUGUUUCUGGGUCUCCCGGGGCUACAAGCAUUGACUCUACUGACCAUACUGUACGAAAACGCGGAUUCCGUAUGGAUGAGUCUUUGUCGGACUCUUUACAGCACCAGUUGACAACACUGCACUCUCAGCUUGAUGAAGAGCGUGAGCGGCAUCAGCAGGAAGUGAUAAGCUUGCAGCGCGAGCUUGAGGAAGUGCGUGAAGUCAUGGGCUCUCAACUCAUUUCCCUGAGAAAUGCUAAGGAAUCCGCACAGAAACAAGCGUCAAAGCUCGAAGCACAGAUUCAUGAUAUGCAGAUGCAACUGGAAGAUACCUCAGGGGAACGCGACAUGUACAAAGAAGAUAUCGUUGAUUGGCGCUCACGAUGCAGUGAUCUGGAACACACCAUCCAGUCGCAGCAGUUGCGUCUGAAUCAAGAGCGGACUUGGCGGCGUGUGGCCAUGAAGCGGAUGCAAGCUAUGAGCACUCGUCUACGUGCAGGCACCGCUACCGGCUCUGACGUGAGCACGGCCUCUACUGACACUUCUCAUUCGUCGGCCCUGCCCUCCAUGCCUGAUCUCCCAGAGUUGCCUGAACUCCCGUCAGAGGAUGAGGCGGGCCUUUGGACCCAGCGCGUUGCAAGGCAGCUCUCGAAGCAUGCGCCGAACUCGAGCAAUGCGCCUGAAUUGGCCCCCGAAACGAUCAAACUCUUAUCAGAUAUGCGCGAACAGAUCUUGGCUUUGUAUUCAGCCCUAAGACUAGAGGAGUCAAAUCAUGCACUAACUCGUGAACAGCUUCAUGAGGCGAAAGAACGGUCCGCUUUGGUUGAGUCAGAGAUGUCUAAUCGCAUGCCAAAGUCGGAACCAUCUAUGCCAGAGCUACCUUUGCCCCAGCCGAGCGACUCUGUGACACUCGAUAUGUCAACACCAAUUGUGACACAUGUCGAAGAAGGAUCGCAUGUCCCAACAAACCAUGACACUACAGCAGACAUUCUUUUUCCGCCACCAUCAGAUUUGCCGAAUGCGUCACAAGAUGAGCAAGCCUUGAUUGGUUUAGGCUUCUCAUCGGUGCCAGAUUCUUCUAUGCCCCAAUUAUACUCGAACGAACCGUCGUCUUGUUUGGACUCGAGUUACCGUGCUGCGACCGAAGGGAGCUUCGACCGAUCGGCCAAUAAGCCCAUGUAUACGUCUGAUCAUGCUGUUGCAGCGUCGUUGCAAGAGUCAGGCGACGCGCUACCUUUGUCCGAGUCUGGCACUUUGGAGAGCGAAACGAACCAGUUGAAUCCCGCACCCUUUGUGACGACCAAUGAGCCUGCAUGGCCAGAGGUUGAAGCGAGCUUUUCUACCGAUACAGAUCCCCAUCAUACAAAAGUCCAAUCGCUUGAUCUGGAUUUAGAGUGUGGUGGCGACGAUAGCGCGUGGGUGAGCGAAGAUGAAGACGAACAGGCAUCUGAGGUGGAUACAGACGACAAGUCAAGUCCUCCUACGCCUCGGCCUGAAUUUAUUCCAGAAUGGAGUUUUGAUCAAGCGAUGUUUGAGGCGAACCGGGAUGUAAGGUCGUACAAAGAGUCUGGCUGUCAUCCACAGAAUCGGUAUGCGCGUCGAGGUGCACGGCGAGUCCGCAAGACUCCCGUUGAAGACUUUUUUGGUGUCCUCGACGUACGUUCGGACUCUGUGAAGCCCCUUCCCAUGCCUGAUUAUGCACUCGACAUGCCGCCGGUUGAUCUCAAUAAGCUUGCACCGGCAUUUGAAUACCAGCCAAGCGUGUUGAGCUCCCCCCAUACUACGGCAGCGGUGUCAGAUGGGUCGAAGUUUGGUGGCAUCACGCGUGCACCUCUGCUUGAUGAGCCAUGGCAGAGUCCUAAGAGUCGUGGACAAGCAUCUCAACAGCAGCAACAACCAAUUUCCUAUGGUAAGGAGGAGAAAACAAGUUCUGAUUCAGUUACUCCUAACAACGGCGGUGGCACGGCGCAACUUGUGUCCCAAAUGUUGUCUGGGUGGGUGUCUGCAAGGACGCCCGAAACUUGUAUUGAAGAGGAAAGCUAUCCUGAUGUCCAGUCGUAUGAUGUGGCGUCGCCCGUUUUUUCUAGCAUCUCGACACCGGUGCCGGUUGACUCCCACCUGGCUCCGUCGAUUCCAGCUCCUAGCACGCCUAUUCCAAGGAGUCCUGGGUACGAUGCUCGCUCUCCUGUUGCGCCUGGUCAUAUGCGUCUUAUUAAGCACAAUCCACUCACGAGGAUCCCAGUUCCCACCCCCAUUUGGCUAUUGAACUUUGAACGAACGACAGAUGUACCAAACGCAGCACCCUCUUUUACGAUUUAG